GCCACUAAACAGGUUGCGUGAAGGAGUUUGCCGACGAUCGCAUAGAUUCUUUGUUAUUUGGAAUACAGACAUAUGGCUUAAAAUCCGUUCUAAGAGAAUAAAGCAGAAAUGACCUGUGUUGAAGCUCAGUAUGGAACUCUGCCCUAUGAGAACAACUACUACAUCUCUGAAUUCCUGAGUACCGACAUCACUGCCAAGCUGGCCAUGGACAUAGGUGGCCAGCAGGAUCAACCUUCCACACCCUCCUUGCCAAGCAUUAACUCCUUGGUGGGCAGCUACGCGGGCGAAUUUGAUGCCUACCCAUGCCAAAUUUCCUCCCCCGUGGCUUCCACUAAUGUUACCGCUAGUCAGCCAUCACCAUUCAAGAUGGAUGACUUCCAGGUCUAUGGCUGCUACCCUGGCACAUUUUCCCUGAGUUACCUGGAUGAGACUCACUCCUCCUGUGGUUCAGAUUACUAUGGCAGCCCUGCCUCCGCACCCUCUCCUUCCACUCCCAGCUUCCAGAGCCAGCCGGUGUCGGCCUGGGAUUCUCCUUUUAGUUCUUACUCCCCUGGUGCUGCCUGUUGGGUGCCUGACAAGACGACGCUGACCCAGCCGCCAUCGUUCUUCACGUUCAGUCCUCCGGUGGAGCAGCCAUCCCCUGUGGGCCAGCAGCAGCCUUCUCUAACGGACCGGGAGCCAUUCUCCCAUCCUCAGCAGCACGCCUCGGCCCUGCCCUUCGCUCCCAUGGGUCCAGGUUCCCUGGAUGGCUCUGCUCUGAUGGAGGAGCCUGUAUCCCCGAAAGUGCGCAGCCCCAGUGGGAAUGAGGGCCGUUGUGCUGUGUGUGGAGACAGUGCAUCCUGCCAGCAUUAUGGAGUGCGCACUUGUGAAGGCUGCAAGGGAUUUUUUAAGCGCACAGUACAGAAAAAUGCCAAAUAUGUGUGCCUUGCCAACAAGGACUGCCCUGUGGACAAACGGCGACGGAAUCGCUGUCAGUUCUGCCGUUUCCAGAAGUGCCUGGCUGUAGGCAUGGUGAAAGAAGUGGUCCGAACAGACAGUUUGAAAGGACGUAGGGGUCGCCUUCCCUCCAAACCGAAGAACGUCAAUGACAGUUCAUCAGCAGCUCCUACAGUCAAUAUCAUUGCCUCCCUUGUCAAGGCGCACAAUGACUCUGAUCCUGCCACUGGGAAGCUAGACUACUCCAAGUACAAAGAGACCAUUGCCAAUCUCUCAGAAAAGGAGGAUGCCAGCGACAUUCAGCAGCUGUAUGACCUGCUAACGGACUCUAUGGACGUGAUUCGCAAAUGGGCGGAGACGAUACCAGGCUUCACUGCCUUCUGCCCCGAAGACCAGCAGCUUCUCCUGGACUCUGCUUUUGUGGAACUCUUCAUACUCCGUCUAGCAUAUAGAUCGAUCCCUGAGAAGGACAAGCUGAUCUUCUGUAACGGUGUGGUUCUUCACCGGAUGCAGUGUGUAAGAGGCUUUGGAGACUGGAUUGACUCCAUCAUAGACUUUUCGCAGAGUCUUCACCGCAUGAACCUGGAUGUGGCCUCGUUCUCUUGCCUCGCUGCCCUUGUCAUCAUAAUAGAUCGCCACGGCCUCAAGGAGCCUAAGCGCGUGGAGGAGUUCCAAAGUCGCCUGAUUUCUUGCCUUAAGGACCACGUUAGCGGCAGCUGCACCGAGUCGAGUCGGCCGAACUACCUGUCCCGGCUGCUGAGCAAGCUGCCGGAGCUGCGGACUCUGGGCACGCAGGGUCUCCAGCGCAUCUUUUACCUGAAACUGGAGGAUCUGGUCCCUCCACCUCCAAUACUGGACAGAAUCUUUAUGGACACGUUGCCUUUCUGAGGCAGUGAAGGGGUAAUGGAAUACCACUCCCCACCUUUAGUGGCACUGAACAGAAGCAGAAAUAAAAGCACUGGAUAGGUAAACCAAUUUGGAAGAAUCUAGAUUUUUCUCUGGCCAUAGCCAUGUUUGUCUGGAAUACCCUGUCUCUUUGGACCACGUUAGCCGAUUGAUGAGGAAUCCAGCUUCUACUCACCCACUCGAAACCCCAAAGGGGAUGGCGACACGUUCUUACUUAUAUGUUGUCCUCUGGAUUUCUACUGCAGAUCUUGGUGGAGAUCUAACUAUGUGAUGACCAUUUCAAACUUUUGAAGCACAGUUGUUUGGUCAGUUUGUGUUUUAUAUUAUGACUACAGCCGUGAAAAGACGAGCACUGCCAGUACGAAGUAUGGUUCUUCUGGUGAAGUGACAAAAUAGGUAACAGGUGCUCAUUUGCAUAAUACAUGCGCAGGUCAAAAUGGCCGGAGAGAACCAUCUGCUGGUAUGUCCAUUAUCAACAGUAUUAAAGUUGAAUCUGAAUGAUAAGAACCCCCCUGGCCAGGAGCAAAACCCUGAAUGAUUCCUGGUUCCCAGACAUGGACGGGGGCCUUGGGCUAUACCACAGUGAGCUUUUGCCAGGGGGCACAGGAUAUCUAGCAGGGUUGGGGUCAUUCCGGAAUGCAUUUGUCAAUUCCAAUCCAAAUCAGGAAAUGCAACUGGAACUGGGAUUGGGGGAAAAAAAAACUAUGGGGAACAGAACUGGAAUUGAAUUCAAAUUUCAGGGAGAUUUAAAUUCCAACUCCAGUUCCCUAUCCUGAUUUGGAUUGGAAUUGAAAAAUGCAUUCCGGAAUGACCCCAACUCUGAUAUCAACCACUGACCCUGCCAUUGGCACUACCAGUUCAUAUAAAAGGGGAAUUUGUUAAACUAGCAUCAGGUGAUUUUUUCUUUUUGAUGUUUAUGCAAACAAGUCGAGGGUCUUUUAUUUCCAUAAACCUUUUACAUAUGCCUGAGUCAAAAUGUGCUUUAUCCUGCAAGUUAUUCUCCCAGCUGGUAAGAAAAAUCAAAAACUGUGGCAGAUUACUUUGUGGGAUUUAGGCCUUAGCAUAAUACAAAGCCUUAAUUUAGUCUCCAGGGUAUUCAGGUCUUUGUAUGUUGCAUACCCAGGGUUCAUGACCCUACACACUAUAAAACGGUUUGGGUGACGGUGCUUUACAGAAACUAGCUGAACAUGUUAUUUAUGACAUCUUUUGGAGGCCAGUGAAAAUCUUGGAUUCCCCCAUGAUCAUUUUUAAAAUAGGAAUAUUCUACUGUUUGUCAAUUAUUGUUACAUCUUACAAAUGAUGCCUUAUGGAGAAUAUUGAAAAAUAUUCUCACUAGAUAGUUUUUUUUUUUUCCAGAACUUUCAGUGAUGUCGAUGUUGUAUGUGACAGAACCACGAGCAGCUAUGAGCACUUUGUACAGCAUUUUAACAGAUAGUACUUUUAUUAUUAUCUUUAGUAUAGGUCUGUUGUGUGUGUAUAUAUAUCAAGAAAUGUACACAUAAAUAGGUAAGCACACAUGCAAAUAUACUUUAUUUCAAUAGUGUUAUGGCAAAACCUGCAUUUUUUAGGGUAUUUUUCUUCCAUAUCCACAUUGUCAGGUUAAUAUCUUGAGGCUUACCAGUGAAUAAAACUGAACUCAAAUACUGCAUUAAAAUAUAUCACUAUUUUUGCAAAAGUAUUUUUAAGACAAUAUCUUGUCAGUAAAUCAAUAAGAAUAAAAUGUAUUCAUAUGUGGUUAUGUGGCACACAUGGUAUAUAUGCAGAAAAUUACAUUUUAAAAUAAACAUACGUGUACCUGAAA